AUGUCGGCACGCAUCUGGAUUGGGCAGGGCUUAGCGCGUGGACCCUGGAUUCAAGAUGCGGCGAACUUUGCCUCGAGCGGCCAGAAUGCAUUGCUCGACAAGAUCAAGACACGGCACGCGCCGCCGCCGCUACGCUUGGUCGCCCCGGAGCCUACAACGCCACGAAGAGCCUUCUCUACAGCCUUUGGAAGACGGCAAUUGCAGCAACAUGCCUCACGGGAUACUGAAGGCUUGCCUCCCUCGGCAGCCGACGCGGUUAGCCACGAAGUCAACGCGCGGAGAGCAAGGCAGCAGUUCGGCGAUACGUUGCCGCGGGACCACUUGACCGACGACGAGUACACAAUAUACAAGAGGCUGUAUGGCCCAGCCGUCUUUGCAGAUGCUGCCGAAGAGGCGGAACGCGUUGACGGUGCAGUUGACGACGAGAUUGUCGAGCAGGAGGGGCCUGAUGGUUCCAUCGUCUUGCUCAGGAAGGGGGUGGACGGCCAACUCGAAGAGAUUGAAGUCGCGGAAGAGGUCGAUGCCGAAGACGAGGCAGCUGCUGAGCCGGACCAAGAGACAAUGACACCCGCAGAAUGGGAAGCGCGCAGGGAGGAAGAGGCGCAGGCAUACCACGACGACAUCUACGAGCAGAGUCGACUGCAACAAGAGGAAGCAGAGGCCUGGGAGGACGUAGAUGAAGGGCAAGAGGAAGACGGCUUUAUGCGCGCACAUCCAUUGACCAUCGAGGGCCGCUUCAAGCCAUCGCCUUCGACCGUCUUUCUGCCCAAGAACUCGCUCGUCGACCCUACCGCGCUGCUCCUGACGCGCGCCAACCACAAACACCUCGCCGAGUCUGCGAACCGUAUCUUUGGCGGUCGUGGUUUGCCUCACUCCGCCAGCACGACCCCUGCACGCUUGGGCCACGAGCAGAAACCAAUUCCGCUCCACCCUUCGCAGUCAGAUAUGGGCAACAUCGAGGCUGAUGUUUACAUGGCUUCUGUACAGCCAGGCACAUACGCAAGUGUCAUGAGCGCCAUGGUUGAAGUCCGUCGCCGAUUAGGGUCAGGAUGGCUGCAACACAUGCUGCAGGACAAAAAGGGUGGCACCAUACUAGACGCUGGCUCUGGUGGUGUCGGCGUGCUCGCAUGGCACGAGAUGCUAGAGGCCGAAUGGCAACGUAUGCACGAGGACUCGGGAAACACGUCGCUUGGCGCUACCCCGUUGGGAAAGGCGACUGUCUUGACCGCAUCUGAUGCACUGCGCCACCGUGCAAGCAAGUUGCUGGACAACACAACAUUUAUCCCGCGACUGCCAGAGACUGUGACAGCGGCCGACGAUGCAAACACGCAGCAACCGCGCAAGUUCUAUGACGUCAUCAUUGCGCCACAUACACUUUGGCCCAUCCGACAAGACUAUUUUCGCAGAGAGCAAGUCGAAAAAUACUGGUCUCUUCUGAACCCCAAGGGUGGUGUUCUCAUCCUCAUUGAGAAAGGCCUACCACGAGGCUUUGAAGUUGUAGCCGCUGCCCGUUCAUACCUUCUAAACGAACACAUAUCUUCUCCCGGCUCAGAAACUAUCGAGACGCUACUCGAAUCUCAGGUGUCAAAACCGGACGAAGAGACUAGAUUCUCUGAGAAGGAGACGGGAAUGAUCGUUGCACCAUGCACAAAUCACAGCACGUGCCCGAUGUAUCAGUCUACAGGUGUGAGCCAAGGAAGGAAGGACUUUUGUUUCUUCAAUCAGCGGUACAUCCGCCCUCCAUACCUUCAACGUAUCUUGAAUGCAAAAGACAAGAACCAUGAGGAUGUGCAGUUCAGCUACCUAGCCGUCCAGCGUGGACGCGACCAGCGCCUUCCACAAUAUGACAUCCUCGGCAAAGGGUUCGUGCAAGGUGAAGCAUCAACCGCCGCAGCUUUUGAAGGGCACGAAUGGCGCCCAUCAUCAGACCCAGGAACCGAAGAGCCCGUCAUGUCCUCAUCUACCGACGUUAACCCACUCACCUUCCCACGUCUUGUGCUCCCCGCACUUAAGCGCAGAGGCCAUAUCAUCUUAGAUGUGUGCACACCUGCUGGCACGCUAGAGCGCUGGACCGUCCCACGCUCCUUCAGCAAGCAAGCUUACCGCGACGCGCGAAAAGUCCGCUGGGGCGACCUCUGGGCCCUCGGCGCAAAGACGCGGAUACCACGCAACGUACGUCUAGGCCGGCCAAACGACGAAUUCGACAAAAAGGGCAGGAAAGUCAAGAAGGCGAAGCAAGUCACUAUCGAAAUAGGUGUUGGUGAGAAAGAUGGAAGGACCGUCGAGGAAGGCCCCGCAAAGGUGCUUGGCAAGGGAGGGAGGUUGUUGGUUGGUGACCGCGAUGGACGGUAUACUGCGGAUCGGAAAAUUCGGGGUAGCAAGGGAAGGAAAGGGAGGAAGCAGAGGGUUGAGCACGAUGCUUAUGACUUGGAUGACGUAUGA